AGGAUUUUACGAGUUUAUUUCAGCGAGACUGAUGACAACUGGCCGGAAGCAAAAUCUCAACGGACUGAGAAAAUGGUCCGAGAAUGGCCGUUUUGCAGCUCAUUUUAUACAUCAGAAUCAGAGGAGACACAGGAUGGUCACGUGACAUCACUGGGGUGGACGGAGGGGGCUGGAGAAGGCAAAGCAGAGACACACCCUUUCGCAGCUGUGGGGUAGUUAGUAAUUAACACUGACAGAGGCAGAGUCUGGGGAGCAAGAAGAGCGGGUCCUGUGCGCCAGUGCAGCGGUUGUGCCUUCGAGGGGUGUGGAAAAGAAAAUUACUCUGACAUUUCACAGGCAUGUUAUCUUGGAUGCUCGGAGGCGAUGGCCGAUUUCGAAGGUAAAGACUGACCUUUGUCAGGGAAGCUACCGGGUGAGGACGGGACUGCUCACCACGACCCGCCUGUGGUUAGGAACUAUCACGUUCAGACCACCCUGUGCGGUGACUUCCCAUCUCUGCGUUUGGAGGGCCCGCCGUGCAGCGCCCCUGGCCCCCGGGAGCUGGGCGGGGUUAGCUUGCGGCCCCCUUCUCGUCUACACCUGGAAGCUGACCUUGCACGGUGCAGACUGGCCCCGGCUUUCGCGGGCAGAGGUGGUCCAUCGGGUCGCCGCGCCAGCCCUGUCCCCGCCGAGUGGGAAGAACACGCCUGUGAGCCGGGGAGCCACAGUCCUCCCAGCGUGCACCCUGGCUGCGGGGCUGGCAGACGGUUCGCCCCUAGGUGUCAGUGUCAUUAUCAAGGAAGUAACGAGGGACGGUCACGGAGCCCAGAGCCGAGACCGAGACCCCCGGGGUUAACCGGUCCCCGACGCUUACAGACAAGGAUGUCAGCGGUCGGUGAAAAGGAGGUGAGGUGCUCGGGCUCACCGAGCGGGACGGAUGUAACUGAUCCUGGAAAGUGUCACAACAUGGUGGGAUUUGGGCAAAUCCAGGCCUAAUACGAGAGAACUUCACACGCCCCCUCUCUCUCAACAUCCUGUCAUGGAAGUUCCGUUUCUCCAUCGGCCGCCACUUAACAGACCAUUCGCCAGCCUAGUCUAUUUUAGGGUUAUUUUGAAUACUGCAGCGGAUAUUUUGUUUAAAAGAUCAGACGUCGGAGCUCAGAAACUGACCUUCGUAACCUGAUCUGAUAAAUCCAGAUCUUCCCAUCACGCUGUUUCGAAUGAAAACUCUGUCUUCUUAACUAACCGUUCAAAAUCAAGGAAUACCAACGAGGCGCUCCCCCACGGCCGGGCCAAGCGUGCACAGGAGCGCGACUUCUUCCUCUGUGUUCGCAGUGACAAAAAUAAACCAAAGUCCUGACAUAUUUGCAGUAUUUUGAUUCCUAAGGGAAAAAACAGGAACCUUCAUUGUGCUUCAAAGCUAUUACCUCAGAUACUUAACCAGCCCAGCGCUGUGAAUCAGUCUCAGACACAAGAGACCCACUGCUCUCUCGAGGAAAUCCUCAAUUAGGGCGGUGCCUCGGAAAAGCCCAGGGGUCCUGUGACCACGGGCGUCCCAGAGGGUUUCUGCAGCACUCGGCCCUGGCUGCGAGGCGAGCAUCGGGCUGGGGUUUUUCCUGCUGCCUGGCCGCUGACCCCCCAACAGGAAGAUAACGGACAAGCCAGGAGGGCGGAGCAGCCCACUCCACAUGUCUGGCUGCUCUUAUCAACUUAUCAUAUAAGGAGAGGAGAGUGAUUGAUUCGGAUCCCGACACGGCAGAAUCGGGGGCAGAGAAACAAAGAAACGCGAGCACGGAUCUGUGCCGUGCACACCGCCCUCCCGGCGAGCAGGGCGACGCUCCCUGCCGCUUUCUGACAGUUCCCUGCAGCACGGACAGAGGACAGCACCAAACGCCAGGUCUGCUGCUCGGACAGGCGGGGAGAGGAGACGUCCACAGAUGGACCUUAAGCCGCGGCGGCAGAGCUGAGGGUGGCUGAGGACCCGGUUCCCACGUGCCUCGGCGUCUGCUAAGCUGGUGGUCUGUUACCGAACGCGAGAAAGAAUGUGGCAGAUUGUUUUCUUUGCUCUGAGCUGUGAUCUCGUCCUGGCCGCAGCCUACAGCAACUUUCGGAAAAGCAUGGACAGCAUAGGGAAGAGGCAGUAUCAAGUCCAGCACGGCUCCUGCAGCUACACUUUCCUGCUGCCAGAGACGGACAACUGCCGCUCGCCCGCCAGCUCCUACGUGUCCAACGCUGUGCAGAGGGACGCGCCACUGGAUUACGAUGACUCUGUGCAGAGGCUGCAAGUGCUGGAGAACAUGAUGGAAAACAACACGCAGUGGCUGAUGAAGCUGGAGAAUUACAUCCAGGACAACAUGAAGAAGGAGAUGGUGGAGAUGCAGCAGAACGCGGUGCAGAACCAGACGGCCGUCAUGAUCGAGAUCGGGACGAGCCUGCUCAACCAGACGGCGGCGCAGACUCGGAAGCUGACCGACGUCGAAGCCCAAGUAUUAAAUCAGACAACAAGACUUGAACUUCAGCUUCUGGAACAUUCCCUUUCUACAAACAAAUUGGAAAAACAGAUUUUGGAUCAGACCAGCGAAAUAAACAAAUUGCAAGAUAAGAACAGUUUCCUAGAAAAGAAAGUUCUAGACAUGGAAGACAAACACGUCGUUCAACUUCAGUCCAUAAAAGAAGAGAAAGACCAGCUGCAGGUGUUGGUCUCCAAGCAAAAUUCCAUCAUUGAAGAACUAGAGAAACAGCUGGUGACCGCCACGGUGAAUAACUCCGCCCUGCAGAAGCAGCAGCAGGACCUGAUGGAGACCGUCCACAGCCUGCUGACCAUGCUUUCCACGUCGAGCUCAGCUAAGCACUCCCUCGCGGCCAAGGACGAGCAGAUUGUUUUCAGAGACUGCGCCGAAGCGUUCAAGUCGGGCCUCGCCACCAGCGGCGUCUACACGCUGACCUUCCCCAAUUCCACGCAGGAGACCAAGGCUUACUGCGACAUGGAAACUGCUGGAGGCGGGUGGACAGUCAUCCAGCGACGUGGAGAUGGCAGUGUUGAUUUUCAGAAGACUUGGAAAGAAUAUAAAGUGGGGUUUGGGAACCCUUCUGGUGAAUACUGGCUGGGAAAUGAGUUUGUUUCCCAAGUGACUAAUCAGAAACGCUACAUGCUCAAAAUACGGCUCACGGACUGGGAAGGGAACGAGGCUCACUCGCUGUAUGAGCACUUCUCUCUCUCCGGUGAAGAACUCAACUACAGGAUUCACCUUAAAGGACUUACAGGGACAGCCGGCAAAAUAAGCAGCAUAAGCCAACCAGGAAAUGAUUUUAGCACAAAGGAUGCAGACAACGACAAAUGCAUUUGCAAGUGCUCGCAAAUGCUCACAGGAGGCUGGUGGUUCGAUGCCUGUGGCCCUUCCAACCUCAACGGGAUGUACUACCCACAGAGGCAGAGCACAAACAAGUUCAACGGCAUCAAGUGGUACUAUUGGAAGGGGUCCGGCUACUCGCUCAAGGCCACAGCCAUGAUGAUCCGGCCGGCGGACUUCUGAGGGGCUGCCCGCAUAGACUGUGUCCCAGAGCUCCGAGACACGGCCUCGUGCGGCCCCUCGGCCACCUCAGAGCCUGCUCUCGGGCGUCCCCAGGGAGGGCCCCGAAGACGUCACCACGCACACCUGCCUCCCUCGACGGACCAAAGCACAGCCAGAACCUUCCCCCUGUGACCUGGUAGAGCGACUCUGCGAACAUGAAUUUAAGCCUGCGAAAAAGACUGACGAUUUACAGACGUUGCUGUCACAGCCAGGAGUGCUAGGCGCGAGUUCAUCAGUAAAUAACUGGAAAACAGAACACUGAGGCUGGAGGGCGGAGAUAACCCUGGAACUGCUUCUGCUGAGCACUGUUUAUAGAUCGUGUAAAUAUCCACAGGUCCUGCAUUCAGCAUCGCUAUCUUAAUUAAAAGGAAGAAAACAUUCUCUAAGCCAUACAAAUACACUACAUAGUCAGGGAUUUUCGGAGAAGUGGUUAUUGGCAGUUUAAUAUUCGGAGAAGGAAAAACAUAGUUAAUGCAUUUUUGCUUCUCCUCUAGGUGCUUUAAGUUUUCAUUUUGAAAACAGCAUAUUUACCUAUGUGUUGCCAGCUUAGUUUUAAGUUAAUGCUCAAAUAUAGAGUUCAAGUUUCUAUGGUGAAAAUUUCCAGGAUCUGUUCUUUCAGUUUAUGUAAAGAGUGUACUAUGUUUUUCUUUUUUUUUCUGCCUGGUUAUUAAAUAUGAAGGUAUUUUUAGUAAUUAAAUAUAACUUAUUAGGUGAGAUGACUACAUUAGCUUCUAUGAUAAUAUUUACGAUUUUGUAAUUUGAUUCCAAAACAACAGAUAGUGCCUCGUGACAAGGAAAAUCCUGAUUUUUCGUGAUGAAGAAAUUAAUUUCGUGAUGAAGAGACUCCGCUCUCUUUCACGCACUGGUCUAACAUGAGGACUUUUCCUGCUUCUGCUAAGAUAUGUCCUAGGUUACAGGCUGCAGUUAGUGGCUGAGAAAACCCUCCCAGUUAAAGCACGUAUGACGCUCUACUACUCAAGCUCGACUCACCCCCGAAGUUAGUUAAGGAAAAAAAUAGUUUGUAUUGGUAAGAUUUCUUUUAAACGGCUACCAGAAAACUUAAAAAAAGAAAAAAAAAAGUGUUCUGAAGUACAAAAACAAAAUCUGAUGUUUAUAGCAUAUUCAUAUAGGCACAGAGAACUUUUCUUCUUUGAGAACAUGAAUUUAAGCCCAGGACUGCAAGACCUUAAAUUCCUAGAGUUUUAACUCUGAAGUUUUCAUAGUACCAUUAACACUAAUAAGCAUUUGUGUGAGGCUUUAUAAUUCAGAAGCGAUUUCUCACACAUUUACUUUCGAGUCAGCCGCUAGGAAAAGCUUAGAGCCAAAUCUGCAACCGGCAUUUACCGCGAGCCUGUCAUCUUCUACGGUUCGACCACGUGUUCCUUCAUUCCCUUUUUCUUA